AUGCCUCCUGGAUCGAGCGACAAAUCUCAACAGCCAAUGGGAUCUGCUUUCCCUGGCUCCAACCUCUAUCCGAACAAGAGCAUCUGGACUUCAUCGCUAUCCAACGCUAGAGAGCGUUCCAUCGGCUCCAAGGAUUCCGAGGGCAGUCCCUCUGGCUCGAGCGCCCUGGCUGCCAACUCGGAAGCCGAUGUCUGGGGAUCCGGAUCCAACCCUUGGAACACGGAGAGCUCGACUCGUUCUGUCAGUACCUCCCCAAAUCGAUGUCGCGAUACCGCCAUCCCCAACGGUCCCGGCUUUUUCGACCAUGCGCCCGCCGCGAUUGGCGUCAAGAAGGGCGGCUUUGGCGGAAGCAAAAUAUUCGCAGACGAUCCAUCCGUCUAUGGACAAGCUUUUGCAUCGCAGAAGCGUCCGGCUGCUGCCGAGGCUUCGUACAUGGAUCAACUCGCUGCCUAUCCUCAAGCCCGCGACUCGAGCCUGCCGCCGUCGCGACAAACGCAGGGCUCACCUGCGGCCUUCCCAGAGUAUCGUCGCGGUCACACGCCAAGCAACUCGAUUCACUCCCAGAGAGGCAUGCCCAGCACUGCUGGACCGUCAUUUACAAACCACAGCGUCAAUCAAAGGGCGUUCAACCUCAACAAGCAGAUUGACGACGACCUAUCGCUUCAUCUGAGAGGACGACUGAAUAUGGACCACAACCGUAACAACAUUAACAACGCGGCUGCCUUUAAUUCUACACCCCCACCCUCUCAGCUCAAUCCUGGGUGUCAGCCUUGGACUGAUGCGUCGAGCACGGCGUAUGAUGGUUCUUUGAAGCUGCACACGGAAAGCAUGCCUGCGUACAGCGUCAUGAAGCGAGGUUCCAUGGACAGAAUCUCGCCUUCGGCAGAGUAUUACCUGCCGUCUGGUGGCAGCUCACAAAAUUUCGCCGCGAGCCCUGAAUCGUGGCCUGCCAGGCCCUCGUCAUCACGAGAUGCCCAAGGCAAUGGCGCAGAGCGAUGCCAUGUUCCCCAACAACUCCCUGCAGGUUUCGCUCCUACCCCGUCGUUCUACCCGAGCCAGUACUCCUUUCCCCCCAACCUGCCUCCCCAAUACGCGCAGAGCCUUCUUGAUUUGUGCGGCCAAGGCCAGCCUCUGCGCCACAACAUGAUACCGGCCUACAACCUCGGCCCCGUGCCCCCGGUGUACGGUAUCCCUACCAGCCUACCCCCCAUCCGUCCAUCUCGAGACCAGGAUCCCGGCAAGGGAGUCCGCAGCGCUCUUCUGGAUGAAUUUCGUUCAAGCCACAAGUCCAGCAAGCGCUAUGAUUUGAAGGAUAUCUACAAUCACGUCGUCGAGUUUAGCGGCGAUCAGCACGGGUCGAGGUUCAUCCAGCAAAAACUGGAAUCUGCAAACAGCGACGAGAAGGAUCGAAUUUUCCGCGAGAUCGAACCGAACGCUGUUCAGCUGAUGAAGGAUGUUUUCGGCAACUAUGUUGUUCAAAAGUUCUUUGAGCACGGGAACCAGAUUCAGAAGAAGGUGCUGGCGGAGAAGAUGAGGGGCCGAGUGAUGGAUCUGUCAAUGCAAGUGUACGCAUGCCGCGUGGUUCAAAAGGCUCUCGAGCACGUCUUGGUUGAGCAGCAAGCGGAACUGACGAAGGAGCUGGAGGUCGAUGUUGUCCGGGUCAUUCGAGAUCAAAACGGCAAUCACGUCGUCCAAAAGAUCAUUGAGCUUGUGCCCAGGCAGCACAUGGAUUUCAUCAUGGAUUCUGUGCGCGGCCAAGUCAUUGGCCUGGCAUCUCAUGCAUAUGGCUGUCGCGUCAUCCAACGAAUGCUCGAGCAUGGGUCGGAGACGGAUAAGAGGGACCUUAUGCUUGAGCUGCAUGCAUCUGCUCAGAUGCUGAUGACGGACCAGUACGGCAACUACGUGGCACAGCACGUGGUUCAACACGGCAAAGCAGAAGAUCGAGCCAGGAUGAUCGACCUGGUGCUGGCGCAGCUGCUCACGCUGUCGAAGCACAAGUUUGCCUCCAACGUGGUCGAGAAGUGCCUCGAGCACGCGACUGCGGAGCAGCGAACCAACAUCCGCGAACUGCUUCUCUCCGUGGGUCCUGAUGGCUCGCUCCAUCUCCAGUCCAUGGUGCGCGACCAGUACGGCAAUUAUGUGAUUCAGAAACUACUCGGUCUGCUUCACGGCAGCGAAAGAGAAAUGCUCAUGGAGGAAAUCAGACCUCUGCUCAAUACCAUCAAGAAGAACAGUUCCUCUCGACAACUGCAGGCGCUGGAAAAGCUCCUCGAGACUGGACCGGGCGGUCCCGCAACCAGGAAUGACGGGCCAUCCAGUCACGCGGACGACAACUCGGCCGCCGACACCCCAGCUCUCACCAACGAAACGAGCAGCCCUCAAAGCAGCAGCCCACGCAGCGCUCACAUUAGCGCAGUUGGCAUCCCCUCUGAAGAUGACGGCAAGAGCGGCCUGGACGGCGACCUGGGUCACCUGGGCAAGCUGCCAGUUAGUCUCACGCCUCAGUUUGGCGAGGAAGAGGCCUAG